GCGGUGCAUUCUGGGAACAGAUGAGCAUCCAAUAUGGCGGCCUCCACGGCACAGGACAGAAAGGCUGCCAGUAGCUCGGAUGUGGAUCUGUUAUUACAUCCUGAGCUGUUGUCUCAAGACUUCAUGCAGCUCAUUUUAACUGAGAAAAGUGUCAGCACCAGAGACUGUGGGAGUCGGGACCGGCUCACGGAGCUCUACCUCCGGCAUGUGAUCCCGCUGCCGCAGAGGACUCUGCCCAACAGCCGCUGGGGCAGGAGGGUGACGAGGAGCCGAGGACCACCGGCCGCUAACAGUUCCAGUAAUGACCACAAUAGGAAAAGGCCUCUGAUCGUGUUCGAUGGCAGUUCAUCUCAUUCCGGCCCUCUGAAAGUGAAGAAACCAGAGGGAACCACUGCGUCAACAGGAAUCACUGACAGGUUAAAACCUCCUCCAGCUGCAAACCUGUCCAACCCCAUCCGCAAGCUAUCAGGCAACACCUCGUCCUCGUCCAUUCAUCGCAGCACUGACACAGCAAACCUCAAACGAGAAGCAAACAGCUCGGCUCCACUCAACUCUCCAGAGGUGAAGAAAAAGAUCCAGCAUGUGACGUGGCCCUGACCUCCGACCCCUCUUCCAUCAGACCUGAUGAGAGCUCAGGCUCUGGAGGACGACUUGCUCGAGGUUGCUCACUACCUUUGUUUUCUUCCCAUCACAGUCUUCUCACUAAUCGCAUCAGAUAGGGAGGUGAAAACCCUUUACCUGUGUCAAGGCCUCCUCCCUGCUCUCUCACUGAGUCCUGAGAGCUGACACGAUGGAGCAGUGAAGCUUUCCUCAACCUCAAGUGCCCUUACCCUCAACGAUCUGCGACUCCUGAAUGCCAUUCAGGGGAAAUGAAAUGUUCUUAUUAUGUUUCUCUGGAUGAGUUGGUUUUGGUUACAGGGCCUUGAUUAUUGGUUUGCACUGAUGUAAAGGUUUGGUGUUUUUUUAAAGGAUCAAACGGAGGCUAAACUAUUCUCACAGUCUGAGACACAGAGCGACAAAGUGUGCGAUAGCCAAGAGGCAUUGUGAAGAUAUUUUGUUGAAGUAUUUAAAAGUAAACAUUUUGUCCUGCUUUAGUUGGUUGAUGUAUACAUGUGUUAAAUAAAACACAUAACCUUCACAUUGAACAUGCAGGGCAUUCUAGAAAGUGUGUGUGUGCUUUGAUU